CAGAGAAUGACGGACGACACGAAGCGAAGGUGCUAUCAAUGCCUUGUGGAGGUGGAACCAGCGCGGAUGCGGAACCACGUCGGCGAACAUAUCCUCAAAGCAUUGCGAGGUGUACAUGAAGACUUACAAGGACAGCAUAUCGCUCUGCCCGAGCUGCCAUGUGGCUUCUGUGGACGUCCCGAGCGGCUGUGUGUCGCGCCGACAAUGACCAAGGGUACGGGUGGGAGCUCACCACAGGCAAGAAGUGAAUGCCCUUACUAUAGGCUCUUCUUCUAUCAACCGAGCCUCAAGACGUCCGGAACUACGCCUUGCACGAACGUGCCGUUUGUAUGCAAGAUACCCGGGUGCAAGACUGAGAAAGAGGGGAACUGGACUGCGAUAUGGAAGUACAAUCUCCGUGAGCAUAUGCGUGUCUUCCAUCCCACCUAUAGCAUCGACAACGCAGGACUCGGACUGGACGCACUGAUACCACUUCCGCCAGCGAUUAUUCGUGAUAUGUACAUCUCGGACGAAGAAGACAAAGGCUUGAGAAUACCUGACAGUCACAUUCCG